UCUUGCACAGGUGUACCUGCUCCUCCCCUUCAGUCUUGCACAGGUGUACCGGCUCCUCCCCUUCAGUCUUGCACAGGUGUACCGGCUCCUCCCCUUCAGUCUUGCACAGGUGUACCGGCUCCUCCCCUUCAGUCUUGCACAGGUGUAGCGGCUCCUCCCCUUCAGUCUUGCACAGGUGUACCGGCCCCUCCCCUUAAGUGUUGCACAGGUGUACCGGCUCCUCCCCUUCAGUCUUGCACAGGUGUACCGGCCCCUCCCCUUCAGUCUUGCACAGGUGUACCGGCUCCUCCCCUUCAGUCUUGCACAGGUGUACCGGCUCCUCCCCUUCAGUCUUGCACAGGUGUACCAGCUCCUCCCCUUCCGUCUUGCACAGGUGUACCGGCUCCUCCCCUUCAGUCCUGCACAGGUGUACCGGCUCCUCCCCUUCAGUCCUGCACAGGUGUAUCGGCUCCUCCCCUUCAGUCUUACACAGGUGUAUCAGCUCCUCCCCUUCAGUCUUGCACAGGUGUACCGGCUCCGCCCCUUCAGUCUUGCACAGGUGUACCGGCUCCUCCCCUUUAGUCUUGCACAGGUGUACCGG